UUUAAAUUCAACUUGUAACCUUUAAAAAUAUAAAAUCCCAAUAAUGAAAUUGCAAAUAAUUUAUUUAAUUAUCAUUUCUAACAUCUUUCUCGUUAAAAGUGAUGAAAUUUUAACAAAUGAAUUUACUUCAUUGCAAAAUAAAUUAUUUGCCGAUGUUUACGAUACAAAAGAGCGACUUGAACAUUUAAAAACAUCUGUGGAUAUUUUAAAUAAAAGACAUUUGCAACAGAUCAAUGGUUUAGAGGAAAUAGUUGCUACAUGUCAUAAAAAUGACACUGGCAUUGAACCCAUGCAAUAUAGCGAAGAUGUGUGCGAAGAUAUAAUAUAUUACUCUAAUGAAACUCUUAGCAAAUAUGUACAGUUUAAUGAUAAACUUCUAACAAAAUUAGCAGACAGUCAUAGAAAUCAAAGUCAACAUUUAUAUGCAAUUUUAAACAAUCGAAAUAUACAGAAUGAAUGCCAAGUGAAAAAUCCUCAAUUAAUUGCAUCACCUACAGAAACUCUUUUAACUCAAAUAGAUAUAAAAAUCAAUAAUAUUGAUGAACAAUUAAGUCAUUUUGAAUUUUUGGAAGAAAAGCUGACAUUACAACAAAAGAAAUUUCAUGAAUUUAAUGAAAAUCAAAUGAAGUUAUUAACAGAAAUUAAAGACAAAUUAUUGAAAAAUGAAGAAAAAUUUGUAAAAUAUCAAAGAGAAUUACCAGAUAUAAAUAAUUUUUCGAAUAAAAUACGUAAUCUAGGAAGCUGGAGACACUGGCGAUACCGACAUACACCCAGGCAAUAGAAAUUAUUUCAAAUAAAAAUUGUAAAUAGUAAAUGUUUACUUUAUUUCAGUUUUAGGUUUAAAAUGUUUUUUUUUUAAAUAUAUUUUUCAAGCCCUCCAUGGUGGUGGAGCUAUAUAAAGUAUA